AUGGCGGUGAUACCGACCGUAUUUUUACACGCAGAACUCUUACCGAAUAUCCGCCAACUAACCCUCCACGUGUCUCUGCCGAAUUCUGCCUCCGAAAUUGACAUCCGAGAAUCUACCAUAACACUCUCCGAGUCCUGCCGUGCAGUCACUGUUUUCACGCUUCAUCAAGAUGUGGAAUUAGUGGAAACACUCAAGCUACCCGUUAUAGUUACCGAGACAUCAAGACGGAAUCUAAGUUUCGCAGGACAUCGCGUCGAUAUAGGCGGGAUCGAGUCCAAAGCGCAAACGGCCGAAUAUUCGUUUAGAUUACAGGUUGAUCCCAAUGAUGCUGGACCGACAAUAUCAAAUCAAGGCCUUCAGGAAGAUGACUAUGUCCCCUGGACCGCGAGUGAUCUGUCGUCCUGCACCGCAUUACACUGUAGGUUCUGCGAGCAGAUGAUCGUUGACACAGCUUCAAAGGCCAACGCAAAUUCCUGGCAGUGGAAAGACCUGCCCAGCGGCAACUGGGCUGAGAUGAUGGAUUUCUGGCACUGUCAUAAACCUGAUGUGCAUCCCGAUGACAAAGAGGAUCAGAAAAAUGUCGAAUCACAGAACGCCUCGGUCAAAGGAUAUGGAGCUUCUAAUCGAGUAGUUGCAACGCUGCGGACAGGCCUGGUUGAUGUUGCUUCUUUCCUGGUGGCUGAAAGUGAUUGCCAAAAUACCAAGUUGCUUGAGCAAAGACCACAGUCAACCUCUGUGAAAUCCACGUUACGCGACGGAAAGAACGCAAGGAAUAUAGGAUGCUCCGGCUGCAGUGCAAUCAUAGGAACAGAGGAUUCCGUCGCUGAAGGCUUGAGACUAUACAAAAAUAAUAUUUCCGUGAAACAUACGGGUGCAACAGAACGAGUUUACGAAACGCAUUCGAUUGAUAUCAUCACAAGCUCUCAACUCUUGGACUUGAUUGACCAUGAAGGUGUCCGACGAUUCGUCAUCCACGCUGGUCGGUCUGACGGGAUCCUGUUGUGGGCCUUCAACCCCGAUCUCCGAUACUCAAGCUCAAGCGCAGAUCACAGCAUUGUAUCGCGACGUGCUAUGAAAGUUCUCUAUCAGAAUGUGACAAACGUCGAAGGGAUUCUAGAACCAGAAAAUGGCGCCCCAACCCCUCUCUCGCUCGAAGAGUUAUUCCUGCCUGAGAACAUCUAUGACGAGUUGGUUCUGUCACUGCAACGCAGCAAUCUUCUGAUGCCGAUAUCUGCAAGGAUCUUUCGUGAGUGGAAUGUUGCACUACUGGAUCGGCUUGAGAAACGUCCAUGA